CCCUCCCGACAUCUAAACUCUUUCCAAUAUCACUUCUCCUUCAUCAUCAUCAUCAUCAUCAUCAUCAUCAUCAUCAUCAUCAUCAUCAUCAUCAUCAUCAUCAUCAUCAUCAUCAUCAUCAUGAGCUCUUGCUCCACAAUGGUUCAAGACCUAACCGAGGAAGAAUACAAGACCCUCGAACCAAUCAUCAACAUCUACCACCGGUUCAACCCAAACGGAAGCGCUUGCACCUCCCUCAUAACGCAACGCAUCAACGCGCCCGCUUCGGCGGUCUGGCCGCUCAUCCGCAGUUUCGACAACCCCCAAAAAUACAAACACUUCAUCAAGAGUUGCCGUCUCGUCCACGGCAACGGCACGGACGUAGGCAGCGUCCGAGAGGUCACAGUCAUCUCCGGCCUCCCGGCCUCGACGAGCACCGAGCGUCUCGAACUCCUCGACGACCAAAACCGCGUUUUGAGCUUCCGGGUCGUGGGAGGCGAACACAGGCUCAAGAACUACAAGUCGGUGACAUCAGUCAACGAGUUCUCGAAUCAAGAUUCCGGCAAAGCCUACACGGUGGUUCUUGAAUCUUACACGGUGGAUAUCCCCGACGGAAACACCGAGGAAGACACGAAGAUGUUCGUGGAUACUGUCGUGAAACUGAAUCUCCAGAAGCUUGGUGUCGUGGCCAUGGCUUCUGGUUCUUGUUCUUCAUCUAAGCAUGAGUCGAUGGAUGAAUGAAUGAGUCAGUGAAUGUGAGAGAGGGAGAGAGAUGCUGUCGUGGGUUUAGUUUGAUGAUUAACGUUGUUGUUGAGUAAUUAAUUAAUUAAUUAAUUGGAUUUAACUUUGUC